CGUCUUUCUAGCCCAUAUCACAACUUCGACCCCAAAAAAAAACAUCGCGCCUCCAAAAAAAAUUAUGCAAGCAGCAACCGUGUACCACGGUGUAAUUUUUGGGUUUAACUCCGGUAAGUGUAUCUGAACCUCUUCAUCAUUCAAAUCUAGUAGUUGCAGAUUCAUCGUUCAACUAACCUGCAAACAAGCAAGAUCAAUGCAAGCUGUUUCAUCUGGUAUCGGAUACGGUCUCAAAUAUCAGGCUAGAUGCAUAUCAGAUGUAAAAGCAGAUACAGAUCACACAAGUUUCCUCGCUGGAACUCUCAGUCUUAAAGAAGAAAAUGAGGUUCAUCUUAUUCGGCUUUCUGCAAAUGGAACUGAACUUUUCUGUGAGGGAUUGUUUUCGCAUCCCAACGAGAUCUGGGACCUUGUUUCUUGUCCUUUUGAUCAGCGAAUUUUCUCAACCGUCUACUCUAACGGUGAAUCAUAUGGGGCAGCAAUAUGGCAGAUUCCGGAAUUGUAUGGCGAGUUAAAUUCCCCUCAGUUAGAGAGAAUUACAUCUCUUGAAACUAAAUCCGGUAAGAUUAAAAGUAUUCUUUGGUGGCCAACCGGAAGGCAUGAUAAGUUGAUUAGCAUCAACGAUGAAAGCCUAUGUUUGUGGAGUUUGGACGUGUCCAAGAAAACUGCACAGGUACAAUCACAAGAUUCAGCUGGUAUACUGCACAAGUUAUCUGGAGGAGCAUGGGAUCCUCAUGAUGUUAAUUCUGUAGCUGCAACUUGUGAAUCAUCUCUCCAGUUUUGGGAUGUGAGGACAAUGAAGAAGACACUCUCAAUUGAGUGUUCCCAUGUCCGCAGUGCUGAUUACCAUCCUAGAAAAAACAACAUACUUGUUACAGCAGAACAUGAGUCAGGGAUACGCAUUUGGGAUCUAAGAAAACCAAAAGUUCCCAUCCAAGAGCUUCCAGGCCAUACACAUUGGACAUGGAUCGUCAAGUGUAACCCAGAGUAUGACGGAAUAAUCUUGAGUGCUGGAACGGAUUCGACUGUCAACUUGUGGUCGGCUUCUAUAAACCAUGACGAGUUAACAACUGAAAGCCAACCAGAGUCACCGGCCCGUUUGGUUGAUCCAUUGCUUAAUACAUACAGUGACUAUGAAGACAGUAUUUAUGGGCUUACAUGGAGUUCUCGUGAACCAUGGAUCUUUGCAUCCUUGUCCUAUGAUGGAAGGGUGGUUGUAGAAUCUGUAAAGCCUUUCAUCUCCAGGAAAUGAUGUUACCAUUUGUAAUCAUGUUGUGUAUGUCGUAAUUUCCUGCCUUGCGGGUUUUGAGAUAAACAGAUGAGUGGAAGACUCAACAGGAUCGCUGGUGGGUUUGAUGUGUCUUACAGGAAUAGAUGUUAUAUUGGCAACACAUCUUUGACCAGGAAUCUUCCUUAGCUUAAAAAUCAACAAUUUUUUGGUUAAAUUUUUAUCUUUCAACUUUGAAAAUUUUAGUCUAGACUGUGAUUUCUAGCCUAUUCUUUGGUUUGACAUCCAUAUUGUGUAGUUGAUGAAGUCAUUAUGUAAUCUAUAGAACUACAAGUUCUUUUAAGUAUCUCCCCAAUUUGUCUUGUAAUGUGUUUUAAUUUCGUGAUAAGUUAGUGACUUCUUUCCUAA